UGGUCAGAGUCGUUGAGACGGAGCUUCCUAUUGGCUGGUUGAGUUGCCCCGCCAGUGGAGUGUGGAGACAGCGCCAUAAUUGAAUAGCGGAUUGUUUCAGGUUAAAUAUACCGAAUUAAAAAAUAAAGUCGACGAACGAGAAUAAAGUCGCUCCAGACAUUUUGUGAGUUUACUAAACGUCCAGUUAGUGUCCGGGAGACUCGAGUUUCGUCCCGUUUGUGAAGCUACCGAAGCUAACAGACGCAGUUGAUGCGGACCGAGCAGGGAGCUAACGUGGCUAACUAACGCCAGCGGGUGAUUUCAGGUAAAGCCAUCGAGCACAGCUGCACUCUGUCGGACAGAGCGGGGAUGAGCUGCCCGGUGAACCUCCAGGCGCUGCCGUCCGGUGUGUUUGAAGAGGUGUUUACCCCGGAGAAUGUGAGAGGAAGAGUCUCGACAAACUCUCUGACUCAGCUGAGUUUCCCCAAAUCCAGAUCAGCUCUGUGGGACGGCAGCCCUGCAGGAGAAAAGCUCCGCCUCCAGCUCUGCUCACACAGGAAACCUCGGAUGGUGCUGAUGGAGAAAGCUCUUCGUCUGGCUCAGCGUCAUGUCCGUCACAGCAACAAGCCCCGCCUCCACUGUUUCUUCCUGGGAUCAGUGUCUGUGGACUCAGAUGAGGAGGGAGUCACAGUGACUCUGGACCGGUUCGAUCCGGGUCGGGACCAGGCCGGAUCCUCAAGCAGGGUUCCCUCUGCUCUGCUGCCCGGAGACAUCCUGGUUCCCUGUUUGUUCUCCACUCAGACUGAGACAACACCUGACACUGUCGUCCAAUCAGAGGCUGAGCUUCAUCACUGCUUCAAGGUGUUGCAGCAGUUUGUGAGCAGCAGGCAGACUCUGGAUCUUUCUCAGCUGUUAAAGGUCAGAGGUCGUGUGGUCUGCUCCCAGCAGUCUGACACUGCAGCGUUUAGUCUCAGCUGGUCAGCCGUCUGUCCGUCCGUCAGAGUGGACGUCCAGCCGGUCCGAGCCCUUCCCAUCAUCCCCACCGCUCUGCUGAGAAGUCUGACCAGCAUCAACCGACCGCAGCAGCACGCUGCCCACCGACAGAGAGGGUUUCUGACCAUGGAUCAGACCAGGAAACUCGUCCUGCUGCUGGAGUCUGAUCCUAAAGCCUCCAACCUGCCGCUGGUCGGACUCUGGCUGAGUGGAGUCACACACAUCUACAACCCUCAUGUGUUGGCCUGGUGUCUGAGGUUCCUGUUCAGCUCCGCCCUCCAGGACAGAGUUCUGUCAGAGACUGGCUGUUUCCUCCUUGUUCUGUUCGCUUCAACUCACAGAACUCCUCAGUUCUUCCAGUGUCACGGACCCAGACCAGCAGCGGGAUCGAGGCCAGGACUGCAGCUGGACUGUGAGCUGCUGACCGCCUUCCAGUCUCUCACACUCUACCAUCAGGUGGCGCCGGUGGAUGGUCAGACUCUGCAGUGUGAGCUGGGUUCAGAGGACCACGGCAGACAGGUGGAGAUCUUCAGAGAGGCUCAGAGCUCAUUUAACAGCGCCCCUUCACCAGCUGCAGGUCUCUCCGUCAGUGAUCAGGACUCUGGAGUCGAGGACGAAGACCUUUCUCCCCGACCGUCCCCAAGUCCUCACCCCCCGGCUCAGCAGACUCGCAGAGUUCAGCCGUCUGUUCCUGAACUCUCUCUGCUGAUUGACAGCAGCUUCGCCUCCAAUCACAACAGUUGGCAGGACUCUGGCCCCGCCCACAGACCUCCUCGACCUCCUGCUGCUGACAGGAAGUCUGCUCCUCCAACAGGAAACUCCUCCUCUUCCUCCUCAGCUCCCAGACCUGCUCCUCCUCCUCCUCCUCACCUCCACAGCACCCCCAACUCCAACCUGCAGCAGCCUUGCUCCUGCUGUUCCACCCACACCUACACCUGCACCUCCAUAUUCUCCUCCCCUGCACUCCACCCUGCUCCUACACCUUCUAGCCUCUACCCUGCUCCUCCUCCACCUUCCUCACAUCACCACACUCCUCCCACUUCAAGAAACCAUCCGACUACUCCUUCUGUUCCUCCUUCCUCCGGUCGAGGUAUUCUUCUGUCCUCCCAUCACUCUCCUCCUCCUCCUCCCUCCCCCCGCCAACCUGUUCCUCCAUCUUUCGGCCACCCUGCUCCUCAACCUUCCCUUCACCCUUUCUCUCCUCUCUCCACCCACCACCGCACUCCUCCUCCUCCUCCUCCUCCUCCUCCUGUGCCGGGGUGUGGUGACUCCCCCUCUCCUCAUCCCUCCCAUCCAGCAGACCCUGUGUCUCCCCCCUGUCUCGCCCGUCCCUCCUGUGUGAAUCAGUGCUGUGAUCAGGCAGGGGGAGUCCUGCCGUCUGACACCUACCAGCUGCUCCUCCAUCAGGACCAGCAGCUGCGCCUCCUGCAGGCUCAGGUCCAGAUGCUGCUGGAGGCUCAGGGAAAGCUCCAGUCCUCCAGUCAGCGGGUCGACACUCAGACACCCAGGAGCACGGCCAGCGUCGCUGUGGGGACAGGUGCCAGUCUGUUCUGGGGGGAUCCUGUCCAGCCCCUCCCUCAUCAGGAGGGACAAGCUCCUCCCUCCUCCUGCUCCAAACCUCGCCCCUCCAACUCCCCAAGCCCCUCCUCCUGCAGACGCUCCUCCUCACAUGACCUGUCCGUCACGAGGGCUGUGGGCGGGGCUGAGGACAGUGACAUCAUACAUCAGGUUGCUCCCUGCUCCCCCUCUGGUCAGCACAGCGUCAGUGGUCUGCAGAGUCCAGUUCUGGGAGAAAGUGUCAGCAUGUACAGACCUGCAGACGACCAGCAGAGCUUCUACCACAACCUGAUGACUCAGCUGACCAGUCGUCUACAGGAGUCACACAGCAGACAAGAAGUGGAGGAGGAGGCGUCCAGGAGGAAGAGUCUGUCUGUGGUUUCUGACCGCUCCCAGUCUUCCCAGUCGUCGUCCUCCUCCUCCUCCUCCUCCUCCUCUUCUUCAUCCAAGAGGAGGCAGCAGCAGAGUCCAGCAGGAGACCCGGUGGUCAUUGCCACUCUGCGGCAGCUACAGCAGCUCGGAGUCGAAGUGGACAAUGAAGAUCUGACAGAGUCCGACAGAAACCGAGUCAGAACUGUGGAGAGCGCCAGCACGCUGGCAAGCAUCAACCCAGCAGCGGUCGUGUCCACACUGAGCAUGUCUGAUCAGACGGUCAGCUCUCUGUUCCCAGGAGGCAGCGUGGAUCUGAGUCUUGAGGCCAACGCCAUCGCCCUGCGUUACCUGAGCGACUCGCAGCUCAGCAGGUUGUCUCUGGGAGGCCGGGCCCCCUCUCCAGGCCCCGCCUCCUCCAGUGACUCCCUGCUGUCACCUAGCAACAUGUCUCUGGCCACCAGGAAGUACAUGAGGAGGUACGGCCUGAUUGAGGAGGAGGAGGACGGCGAGGACAAAGAGGAGCAGGGGAAGGUCGGAGUUCAGGAGGCGUCGACUCGCCAGCCGCUGACCGAAGCUCUGAACGUGAAGCUCCUCCCCCAGAGUCAGCUGAUCAGAGACCUGCGGCCAAAGACACAAGUGUCAGCUAGAAACACCAAACCGAACACUGCCGACAAGGAGAACUAUUCAAACAGGGGGCCAUCUUUAGCGAGGGCAGGCAGUGGCCAGACGGAGGGGUCAGUAGGAAACAUCCUGGACCUGAGCCGCCUGAGACAGCUGCCCAAACUCUUCUGAUGCCAAAACACCAGAAAACCAGCUGUCAGAUAGACGCUGGAGACUUUAGAAACUGUCAUAUUUUAAGUCAAGUCUGGUGUGUCUGAGGUGGCAGCACUCUACUGUUCUCGCUCAGGUCUUGGUUUUCUUGGUCAGUCUGGUGUUACAGGGAAUCUGCCAUCUUCAGACAGAAGAGCAGCCGUCAGCGGGGUGGGGGGGUCACUGGCAAAACUUUUCUGAAACUAACCAACACCAAAACUGAAGAGUGGCUGCGACGAUGUCCAAGAGCUUCUGAAACAUUUUAAAAACUGUCAUCUUUUAAAUGGAAUCUGGUGUGUUUGCGGUGCUUGGUAUGGAAUCGCUCUGCUGGUCUGACUCAGUUCCUGGUUUUCAUGUUCAGACUGGUUUUACUGGAAAUCUGCCUUCUUCAGUCGGCUGGAGGGUUUGGUCGGAAACAUCUGUCCAAACUUUUUUGACAGCAGCUGAAACCAGAAACUGAAAUCCAGCUGCUAAUCAGACUAAGGAUGUCAAAGUCCUGCUGGAACAUUGUAAAAACUGUACAAUUUUAAAUGGAGUCUGGUGUGUCUUAAGUGUUCAUUAUCAAAAGGGUCAUGGUCUUUCAUGGUCAGACCGGUUUUUACUGGAAAUCUGUUCAGUCGAGGCAGGGACCUGCCGGUCAGAGGACUUGGUGGGAAACAUCCUGGACCUGAACUGCAAAGACUACAAAACCGGAAACCAACCGUGGAUCAGGCUGACGACAUCUGAGAAAGCUUAUUUUUUAAUGGCGUCUAGUGUGUCUUAGGAGCUCAGUGUGGAAACGCUCUGCUGGUCUGACUCAGGUCCUGGUUUUCACGGCCAGACUGGUUUUUACUGGGAAUCUGCCACCUUCAGUUUGUCUGCUGAGGUUUGUGUGUGUUCAUGAAAUGUGUGUUUUUUGAUUUUGUCACUUCUUAUUUUUAUGUAAAAAUGUCUUCUGCACAGAUGUUUUAUGUUAACGAUUCCACAAAUAAAAUUGAUAAUUCUUUUAGUA